UGAGACCCCGUAAGAAAAAGCCCGUGGUUCAAGUUGUAUCUCGACUUAGUAAGAGUGAAACAAAAUUAAAAUCGUGGCAAAAGCUCCUUCUUGGUGGGUAUCAUCGCUGCCAAGAGAGGCAGUCAGGUCAAUAUCCUAGGAACGUUUAUUACCGUUCUCAUCUUUCCUAAAGCGGGACUCUUUUUCUCGUUGCACUGAACUUUUACGGUAUUCUGAUAGCAUGGGCACAGUAGAUGUUUUGGAUAACAAAACAUAAUUUUAACGCCUGAUAUCUUGGACAUUCUGCAGUACUACACAUUAGGACGCUUACUAGUGAAAGUACUUGGCAUUAUACAGGAAGCUAAACUCGCGGACUGGUUGCUUAAGUUAGCUGCCUCGCACAAAGUGCUAACGUUAGCUUGCUUGCUAUUUGUUUUGUCAUGGAACGAGCUAACGUUAGCUAGCUAACUUGUUUGGUCAGACUGUUGUGUUGCUAGCUAUUUCCAUUUAGUGUCCCUUUAAUAUCGCUAGAUAGCUAGCUAGCAGUAGAGUUCUCUGGGUUAGCUAUAAAUAGCUAACGGCUACCUAGCGGUGAUCUCACCUAUCUAGGUAUGAUAACAUUAGCCAGCUGACUACAUUCGGGUAUUUCUUCUCAAAUCUGUGCAGUUUUGCCUAUAUAUAUAUUCUGCGUAUUAAGGAGCAAGACAUUGCCAGUGUGCACUACGUUUGCAGGAUGGGCGAGAAGAAGCCGGAGACGCUGGACUUUGUGAAGGAUUUUCAAGAGUACCUCACGCAGCAAACCCAACAUGUAAAUAUGAUCUCUGGUUCCGUCGGCGUCGAUAAGGAAGCGGAGGUGCUCCAGGGGGGUCUGCAGUCGGAUCCGGCUGGGAUGCAGACCGAGCCAGGAGAUGGAUGUGGUGGGGACGGUGGCAGUGUAGAGCACAGACCUAUGUUCUGUUUGCCGGCAGCUGGUACCGAGACCGACCAGAACAGACUGGACCACCCUUCGGUGGAGGUUUCCCUGGACGACGGCUCAGGGCUGCUGGUGGACAGCUUUGAGAGGACGUACGAUGGGAAGCUUAAGUGCCGUUACUGUAACUAUGCCAGCAAGGGGACAGCCCGACUCAUCGAGCACAUCCGCAUACACACAGGAGAGAAGCCCCACAGGUGCCACCUUUGUCCGUUCGCCUCGGCCUAUGAGCGCCACCUGGAGGCCCACAUGCGCUCGCACACGGGCGAGAAGCCGUACAAGUGCGAGCUGUGCUCCUUCCGCUGCAGCGACCGCAGCAACCUGUCGCACCACCGGCGGCGCCGCCACAAGCUGCUGCCCAUGAAGGGGGCGCGCUCCACCCUGGCCAGCCGGAAGAUGCUGAGCGUCCUGCAGAGGAAGUCCAGCUCGCUGGGCUACGGCCGGCGGCUCCUCCUCAGCUACAGCCCGCCCUCCAUGGUGAGCCAGAAGGCCGACUACCUGAGCGACUUCCCUCAGGACCUGCCCCACCUGCACCCGGAGGCCUACGAGGGCGCGGCCAAGCCGCAGGACGGGGGAGGGGCCCCGCGGGGCGACGCCCCCCACCACGAUGCCACCACGGACAACCCGCUCAACCAGCUGUCCACCCUGGCGGGCCAGCUGGCCAGUCUGCCGGCCGACGCCCACGCGCCCAUUUCCCCGGAGACGGGGUCCUGCCGCGACGAGAAGCCCUUCCUCCUCUGCCAGCCGGCCGCCGCGCCCGCCGCCGUUUCAGCCAGCUCCGCCCGGGCCGGCUCGCCUGGCAGCCCCGAGCCCCGCCCCCCGCCCGUCAGUAACUACAGCCCCGGGGCCGCGCCCUGCAGCGAGCACAGCCCCCACACCAGCACCCCCAGCGUGAGCAACAGCCAGCCCAGCACCCCCGCCCCUGCCCUGACCAAUCAGGACCUUCAGCUGCUGCACCACUGCCAGCACUGCGACACCUACUUCGCCGACAACAUCCUCUACACCAUCCACAUGGGUUGCCAUGGCUACGAGAACCCCUUCCAGUGCAACAUUUGUGGCAGCAAGUGCAGGAACAAGUAUGAUUUCGCCUGUCACUUUGCCAGGGGCCAGCACAAAUAAUGAGUGGCGUUAUUUACUUAUUUAUUUCUUUAUUUAUUCUUUUUUUUUCAUCCCUCAUGAAUUUUAGGUUGGCGUGGAAAGGCAGAACUGGUUUGAAGUAGGAGGGGGAGGGGAUUGUAAUGGGCAUGGUUAUUUGUGGCUUACUGAAAAGUUUUAAGAUUCAAACGGCAAUGUUAUGGCAGCCUACUCUGCAAUGGUCAGCCCUGCAUCCGCACCCGUGGGCUGGGAAUAAGUCAGCUCUGUGUCUGAACCUGUGCUGUGGGGAUAGGUCAGCCCUGCAUCCACACCUGUGCACUGGGGAUAAGUCAAUUCUGUGUCCACACCUGUGUGCUGGGUAUAAGUCAGCCCUGUGCCCGCACCUGUGCGCUGGGGAUAGCUGCUUGCUUUGUGACACCACAUUUAUUUCCGAUGUUUUCUGCCUUAGUAACCACCUAAUAAGCCACCAUGGACCUGAAUACAGAUUCUGCUAACAUACACUGGACUACACUCCAUUAAAUAAACUUAAUUGCUUUUAGAUGGAGAAAUUUACUAGCUAGCAGAUCAUAUAUUUAAUCAGUUGUUUAUUUAUUAUGAUUAUCCAUAUGAAAACAAUAUGGGAAAACCAGGCAGAGCUAAGUUUGCCAACUAUGAGGGUAUUGCCCUUGCUAGCCAGGUUUGGCUGCUUUACUGUUUUUAAAUUAAAAGAAUGGCACUGCAAGUAGGUCACCCACCGACUGCUAUUUAAAGAAAAUGUCUUAAAACAAUACACUUCUGUGAAAUUGGUGACCCCCAGACUCCCAAGUGGAACCCAUUUGUUUUUCAGACCCACAGUGCUGUUCGUGGGAUGAUAAGCUUGGGUGCUGGUAUUUUGGGGUGUGGCCAACCUUUAAGCACAUAUUUGAACUUGGAAAGACCAGGGCACACGUAAGUGUGGGAGUGGGACAUUGUAAACAUGUAGAAACGGGAGCAGAAAGAGUUCAUCCAGAGGCCAUGUGCUGGCCUGAUCUCAGUACCAUGUGGGCUGGUGGCGCUGGAAUUUUGUUAAGGGAAAUUUUCAGUGGAUCUGACUGGUCGUUGUCCCACAGGCUACGCAUCUUUAUGUACUGUAUUUGUAUUUAUUGCAUAUGUUAUCUUUUCCGUUAGUUUAUUUAUUAGGGGUGCUUUGUCAGCAGUUGAAUCUUUUAAAGAAGCAAAAUGUUGUCAUUAUUAUUAUUAUUAGGAAAGCUGCUUAUGACUUUCAUAUGCCGUUGGGACUCUACUGUUGGCCCUGACUCUUGACUCUGACUGUGCUGUCAUUCCCAGUGUAUGUGUGAGAAUGAUGCCCUUUAAAGGGAUCAGCACACCGUCUGCACUGCAAACAGGACUGGAACACAUCCAUAGAGAGGGCCAUGUUCUACACAUAAUCAUGGGUCCAGUUUCCGUCCUUGAAAAAAGUUUAUAUAUUCAUCUGUCCAGUUUGAGAAACUACCUGAAGUGUAGGUCAGAGUCAGACCCCGGAAUGAUGAAUAUGGCCCUUCAUAUCAGAAUAUAGUCUGGAACCAGUUUAUUGGGUGGGUCGGUGGUUUCCUGCCAUUGGGUGAUCACAGAAGUAUGGCUUACCUCGGGUUUCCCGCAUAUUCUUAACCUUAACCUUAAUGCCAUACCAUUGGUAUUUAGAGACAUUGGUAUUUACUUCUGGUAAAUGAGGGUUUGCUCCCUUACCUGCAGUCUGUGUGCUUAAAAAAUGGCAUUGGAGCCCUACUGUCUGCAAAAACAUUUCGGAGACUUUAUUGCCAUAGUUGUGGCCUUUCUGAUGUCACUGUAUAGCACUUUAAUGUCUUAUGUGUUACUUUGGGUGUGACAGAAGUAGCACAAAAUCAUUUCUUGGACUAUUGAGCAGAAAAUGUCUCAUUGAAAGUGAUUAACAAAUGUGUGUCCACCAGUUUAACCCAGCAAUGGAAAACAGCCCAGUCUGAAGCACUUAUAAGGCAUAAUCUCUUCAAGGCCAAAGAGUUCUUAAUCAAUAUUUAAUUUUAAUUCAUUUUAAUACUGUAAAUUACAUUCCAUCAGAAUUGACAAGAGCUCGCUGGAACUGUAGUUAUUGCAUUCAGCAUGUUGGCAAUGCUGUUGUAGUGUAAGAGUUUGAGUACUUUGCACAUAUAUUAAAUGUAUUCAUCAAAUGUUGUUCAUACUAAAAGUAGCUUUGUGUAAAUACAACUAUUAUGGUAUUUUAUUGUCAAUUCCGCCAGUCAGAAAGCAUUACUCACCCGCAGGGUGAAGACCUGACGAAGGGAAACCUGUGUGUUGUGUGUACAGUUGCAGGUUGAGUUUUGUGGAUGCCCUCUGGGCGUGCUGUUGAGAUUGGCACAUGCCCUGGAGUGUUUACGGCAGUCCGGAGCUCGUGGACCAUGAAAAGGUCUUUGUGGGAUUUCAGCUGGGUGACUGUAGAGUAUAGGAAUCUGCUCCUCGUCCAGCCAUGAUGACGCACAGGGGACACAGUGCCUAAUGCACAUAGCUUUGCUCCAGAGCAUUUCUGCCUGUUCACUUCUGUACGGGCUUGAUUUUUUGUCUUUUUUUAUUGUUGUUGAACCACAAAAAAUGAACCACAUGUCCUUAAUUAUACCAUAAUUCCUUAAGUGAAAAUCAAGGCGUUGACGGGCUUGGACCACACAUUAGCUCUAUACAGUUUAAUUAAUUUGUUCUGGACCAACAUACACACACACACACACACAUAUAUAUAUAUAUAUAUAUAUAUAUAUGUAUGAGUGGCCACUUUAUUAAAUACACCUAUUUAGUACCGUUAGGACUCCCUUUUGCAUUCAGAAUAGCCUGAAUUCUUUACAGCAUGUAUUCAACAAGGUGCUGCAAACAUUCCUUAGGGAUAUUUGUCCUUGCUGACAUGACAGCAUCACACGGUUCCUGCAGAUUCAUGCUGCGAGCCUCUCUCGUUCCACCUCUAGCCAAAGCGCCCUAUUGGACUGAGAUCUGGUGGCUGCAGGCCAUUGGAGUAAACUGAUGUCACUGUCAUGCUUGUGGAAGCAGCAUGAGAGCAUACGUGCUUUGCGACAUGGUGCGUUAUCCUGCUGGAAGCCUCCAUUCCAAAAAGGGUAGACUGCGGCCAUAAAGGGAUUCACGUAGUCAACAACAAAGCUUGUUGUAGCAUUCAAUUGAUUCUUAAUUGGUAUUAAGGGUGCAAAUGUGUUCCAAGAAAACAUUCCAAACACCAUUAAACCACCACCACCUGCCUGCAGCAUUGUCAAGCCAGGAUAAAUCAAUGGAUUCAUGCCAAAUUCUGACCCUACCGUCUGCAAUCACUGUAGACAUUGAGAUUUGUGAGGCAGUGUUUUUCCCCAUUCACCCAGUUUUGGUGAUCACCUGCCCGCUAUAGCCUCACCUUCCUGCUCUUUGCUGACAGGAGUGGAACCCAGUGUGGUCUUCGGCUGCAGUAGCCUGUCUGCUUCAAAUUCUGAUGUGUUGUGCGUUCAGAAAUGCCCUUCUUCUCACCACUGUUAUAAACGACUGUUUUUGGAGUAUUUGUGGCGUUUCUGUUAGCUUGAACAAGUCUGCCCUUUCACCUCUGACCUCAAUUACCAGGCGUUUUCAUCCACUGAACUGCUGCUUACUGGAUGUUUAUAUUUUAUCGCAUUCUCUCUAAGCUCUAGAGAUUGUAGUGCAUAAUUAUCCCUGGAGGGCAGCUGUUUCUGAGAUUCUGGAACCACCACGUCUGGCACCAACAAUCAUACAAUGGUCAGAUUUUUUAAAAUCAUGUGUCUUGCGUCAUUCGAGUGUUUGGUUGAACAAGAACUAAACCGAUUCACUGUAAGUGCAUGCUUUAUAUAUUGAGUUGCAGCCACAUGGUUUGCUGUAUGGAGGAGCAGGCUAUUUGUGUUAAUGAACAGAUGCACCUAAUAAAGUGGACACUCAGAGAGGUGGAGAGGGAGAGUAUAUAUAUAUAUAUAUAUA